AUGGCAUUCACCCUCAUAUCCACUAAUCGCAUAACGGUGGCCGGCCUUGCUGUCCUCUUCGAGGGACGCAUGUGCAAGAUCCUCUCCCAAGGACCGAGCCAGCACGUUAUUGCCGAGAUCCCUCAGGUCCAAGGCCUCUAUAGCAUUGUAACGACUCAUCAGAAGCAACACGCUAACAUGGCGAGGACGAGACUUACCGUUGCAGACUUGCACCGUGUUCUGGGACACGCCUCCAAAACAGCAGUCAUGGACGCUGUGAAGAAGGGCGUGGUCACCGGAGUCCAGUUGGACGCCACCUCCUCACCCGAAUUCUGCGAUAUCUGUGUCAAAGCAAAGUCAGCGCGAAAACCCUUCCCAGAAGAGACUAAAACACGUGCCCUCACCUAUGGGGAGUUAGUGCACACUGAUCUCUGGGGACCAGUGCAGACUACCAGCCUGGGCGGAUGCCUCUAUUAUAUCAGCUUUACUGACGACUAUAGU